AUGAAGCGAAUCUCAGGGGCUGAUAUCGCCGCUUCAAAUCAAGCACCGAAGAGACAAUCUCGACAAGACCCAGUUUCAUGCGAAUUAUGUCGAAAGAAAAAACUAAAGUGCGACAGAGGCCUCCCAUGCAACAGCUGCUGUACACGCAGAACAGAAUGCAACUACGGUAGCUACCGCUCGGGGGUGAGCAACUCCGUGCCACCUCAGAGCCAAACAGAAGAGAGACCCUUGUUGGACCGAGUCUCCGAGCAACCUCGAACUUUAAGGUGGAACCCGCGACAGGAUGCGUAUCCACAGGCCCGGAACAGGAACGAGCCUCUCCAAACAGCAGAUCGGCUCGAAUCCAUCGUUAUGGGGCACCGGGUCCCGACUGCUGUCCCUGCCACGUUGAGAGCUGAGCUUUCCCAUCGUCGGGAUGUGGAACAUUCGGUGUCGCAGCAUACAACUCCUAGUAGCCAAUUUGGUAUGGCACAGGGGCUAAAAAUCGCUUCCAGUGAGAAUCCCGCGACUGUCCAUCUGCCCUCUUUCCUGCCGCCACUUGCAGAAGUUAUGGGUCUGUUUCGAUAUUAUUGCGACUAUCUUGACUUCCAGUAUCAUCUCAUCAUUCCCCAUAUUGUGGAACAACAGAUACAGAAGAUAUACGAUUCUGUCGCCCAAAAUGAGCAAAUUGAUUUGGCCCAAACUGCUUUGCUUUUUAGUAUCGUUGCAUCUUCGCUAUAUUACCAACUUCUAGGCGAAGCAUCGGGACAUGCAGAGCAAGUUAGCCAAGAAGCUACGUUUUUGGCAGGAUCUGCCCUAAUUCAAGGAAAUUAUAUUGCGUAUCCCAGUAUUGAAGGGCUCCAAGCGACGAUGAUUAUCGGCCACCAAUUGUCGAAUAUGAAUCUGCCUCCCUCAGUCAGCUCGCUGUUUGUGCACCGGUCAUUCGUCAGCCAGGCAACCAGUAUGAGACUUCAUCUAGUUGAUUCCCCUCACUUCAUUAAUGAGCGCACAUCCACACAAGCUGAUACAACAAAUGUUGAACUGAAACGCCGCUUAUGGUGGGAUUUGGCAACGUACGACUGGCUCAUAAGCUUUCUGAGUGGGCCUCAAGAAUGGACUUACUCAAUUCAACCUGAGCAUAUGGUCGUUCAAGAGCCUCUCAAUAUAGAAGACGAAGACAUUGAUCACAUCCAAACCAGUCUUCCGCUUUCCACCCCAACGAAAAUGUCAUAUAGUUUAUGCCGAUCAAAGUUGGCUGUCGUGUGUCGCCAUAUUGUGGAUGAAACCUCAUUCUACCACCUCCACGGUCAAGAAGUACCCUAUGACAAAAUUCUCGCGCUCGAUCGGAAACUCCACAACAUCUGCGCCGAAAUCCCGAAUUUCUUCCGCUUUGAUCAGGCAUCACGACGUGAAUAUUCAACUCUCUAUCGUGACCGACCAACUCUCGCAUGGCAAAGAUCCCUCGUACAACAAGGCUACCACUCUCGCUUAUGUCGCCUGCACCGCCACUACUUCGUUCGUGGGGCGAAAGAUCCCAGAUACUCCUAUUCACACGUAGUAUCUCUUCAAUCUGCUCGCAAGGUGCUCGAGAUAAAACGCAUGAUGGAUGAAGACGAGCCCGUUUUCAACCCUCACAGCUCGGUCAUCUGGGCGGUUAUGCACCACGUCUUCAUGGCAGCGGUUAUUCUCCUGAUAGAUGUUUGUUUCAACUGGGAUGAUAUACUAGCCGAAAGAAGAAAGGAGGAGGUCCUAGAUGCGUGUCGCAUGCUCAGUCGAGCCCAGCAAUCAUCUCCCAUUGCACGUGAAGGGAUCACUGCCAUGAUGGGCAUUUUGAGAAAGCAUUGGAAACAUGAGAGGUGGCCAAGCUCACGUGGUUUGCAGCCUGAGCAUCCUGUAUCUUCUUCGACUGCUACAGCAGCUGCCUUGCGACAGGAUCUUCUUACUCCUGAUUCGAUGGGUGCCACAACCGAUGCUCCUCCAUGUGCCCCAGAUGAGUCGUCGCUGGAUGCUUCGGCGGCCCUUUUGCCUAGUCCGCUUCCUCUGGAAGAUAUGUGGGCGCAGAUGCUGGAUAGCAGCGCUCAUAUUGAGCUUGACACACCAGACUGGACUGAUCUUCUCACUGAGCUGACCAAUGCCACAUUGCCAAGCGAGUGA